UCACAGGUGUACAUUAGUGGAGUCCCUUAAAUUCCUCCUCUGAAUUAUAUAUUUGUCAUCCAACUGAACACAGUUUCACCAACCCAUCUCUCUCGGCAAUUUGAUGGGUCCUUUCGCCAUUGCUGCCACAGUAUUUGCAGUGCUUUCUCUUUCAUACCAGCUUCAUGGACAUGGGGAGAAGGUGGAGAGAGGUUUAACUGUAAAUGGUUGUGAUCUUUUCCAAGGCAGUUGGGUGUAUGAUGAAUCCUACCCACUUUACCAAUCAUCCAGCUGCUCCUUCAUCCAGAACCAGUUCGAUUGCUUGAAGAAUGGUCGGCCUGAUAAAGACUAUCUCAAGUAUCGAUGGCAGCCCACUACAUGCAACUUGUCACGGUUCGAUGGUGAAGAUAUGCUAUCGAGAAUUAGGGGGAAGAGCAUUAUGUUCGUUGGCGAUUCUCUGAGUCUAAAUCAAUGGCAGUCACUCACUUGCAUGCUUCACACUGCUGUCCCUCACGCUCAGUACAAAACUAUAACUGUUCAAGGCCUCUCCACCUUCACUUUUUUAGAGUACAAUGCGAAGGUGAUGUUCUCCCGCAAUGCAUUCCUAGUGGAUCUUGUAAGCCUGCCGAUUGGUCGAGUUCUGAAGCUUGAUUCAAUUGAAGAAGGUGCCAAAUUAUGGAAAGGAAUUGAUGUUUUGAUCUUCAAUACUUGGCAUUGGUGGCUCCACACCGGAAGGAAACAACCAUGGGAUUUCAUUGAAGAAGGAAAUCAUACACAGGUAGACAUGGACCGCUUGGUUGCCUAUGAGAAAGGGUUAAAUACAUGGGCUAAAUGGGUUGACGCCAAUGUUAAUACUUCAAAAACUACAGUUUUCUUUCAAGGAGUUUCUCCGGAUCACAUUAAUUCAAGUGAUUGGGGUGAACCUAAAGCAAAGAAUUGUGAAGGGCAGAAAGAGCCAAUUAAGGGAGGAGAUUACCCAGGAGGUCAACAUCCAGCAGAGAAAGUGGUUGAGAAAGUGCUUAAGACCAUGUCGACACCGGUUUAUCUACUCAACGUAACGACUCUGUCACAGCUGAGAAAAGAUGGGCAUCCAUCGGUGUAUGGCCAUGGCGGCCACAGAGAUAUGGACUGCAGCCAUUGGUGUUUGGCUGGUGUUCCUGAUACUUGGAAUCAACUCUUAUAUGCAGCUCUCAUUCAAAGCUGAAAUUACAUUCCAAUCUAUUUAUCAUGUUUUUAUAAAUAAAAAUGAAUUAUAAUAUGAUAAUUAGAAGAUAUAUUGCAAUUCCUAAUAAUUAAAUAUUGGAAAAGAAUGUUCUU